CUUCGAGUUAUUGCGUUCGAUGCGAGCGAAUCGGCACUGGUUAUUCCGACGGGCUUGAGCACGUCUACAUCACCAACCUCAACUGCAACAAUAAAUAUCCAAAUUUUGGACGACAAUGACCACGCACCUCUCUUCCAGGAGAACAGCGAACUCUCGAUGGCUGAGAAUCAAAAUCCAGGAAUGUUGAUUGGCACUGUCACUGCUAUAGACCUUGAUAUUGGUCCCAACGGACAGAUUGUUUAUCAGCUUCUUCCAACCCACCCCCAGCCAGUGUUUCAUGGCUCUAAACCGGCAAGAGUUAUAGGCUUCGAGAUGUCUCCGAAUGGAACGCUUUAUUCAACACGAAGUUUCGACAGGGAGGCACAGUCACGAUACUGUCUAAAAAUCCAAGCCACCGAUCAAGCCCUGUCCAAACCUCUCUCCUCUACUUCGCAAGUCUGCGUCAAUAUACUGGACAUGAAUGACAAUGCUCCAGUUGUUCAGUCAAUCGAGGGACCGGAUACAAAUUCUUACUCCAUAAUGCGUCAAAUAAUUGCCUAUACCUACGGUGAGGCUCCCAUUCUACUAUGGGAGUAUGGGAGAAAACAGCCGACCCAAAACGCACCAAUCCCCGAAUUGAACGGCUUUGAUUCUUCAACGGACCUUUACAGAAGUGGCCUUGAUGAUGACGAAGGUCGACCCUUCUCCUUGACAUCAUUUGAUUUCCCAUUGCUACACAUCUCAACCAAUGAAGCGCCUGGUUAUUGCGUACUCCAUCUCGAGGCCAGCGAUGCUGACGAGGGCGAAAAUGCCGAAAUGAGAUUUUUCGUCGACACAAGAGCUAACUGCAGUUCAUCGUCAGAUGGGCUUGCUUCUUCAUCCCCUUCAAGCCUUUACAACGAGCCAGUAGAGCAGGAACCUGCGGCGAAAAGGUGCCGCGUAUUCAAGGACAACACCUUUAGAAUGGAUGAAAGGACAGGCAAACUCCUGCUGCUCCGUCGACUCACAAGCGAAGAAGCCGGAGAUUACUGUCUCAAGCUAGUUGUUGAAGAUAUGGGUCAGCCACCUCAGCGCACAGAGCAGGUAAGCUGA